CGCUAGUUUUGCUAGCUAACUUAAUGCAGCUUGCAUGGGCUGUUAGCGUUCACUGUUAGUUUUCAGCGAUACUGUGUACUCAUUUCGCGUCAGGAAAUGUGAACAGCUAACGAACCAAACAUCAAGCCCUAAUUAAAGAUCCUGCAAAUGAAUCCUGAAGGUUCUACGUAAUUGUGUCCAGGUCCUAUUUUUCAUAAGCAAUGAAUCAUUCACUGACCAAGUAUCCUGUAGUUUCUCUACGCCGUGAGGUUUAUUACAACACUCCGGUCAAACAGAGUGCCGUGCAGUGCAAGGGGAUUCCAGCUGACCCUACUGGACGUACAGAAAGACAAAACAGACAAAAUACUGCUGUGGUGUUGAAUUCCACUUUACAGCAGUACUGUAAUGGCUCUGAAAUCAAGCCGUAUUUGAACUGUGAGCUCAGUGCUAUUAACCCCACUGUAUCUGCUCAGAAACGAAUCACUGACACACCAGCAAAAGUCUUCGCUCGGCUCAAGGCCAAAGUUCAGCAGCAAAACUUUGAGGAGCAUCUUGAGGACAGGGUCUUACCCACUCAGGUAAAUAAUGAAAGCUUGUUUCACCCAAAUGUACAGCGGAUGUCAACUGAUACCGUACAAGAUGGACAAGAUACAUAUGUACUCACACUUUCACCUCCCGAGUCCCCAAGGACAAAUUCAGUGUCAGGAGAUCCACUGCCAACAUCACAUGCUAAUGGAGAAAAAGGAAGCAGCCACUCUGGCCCAGUUUAUGACCCGGUUGUUUUUCUUCAGAGGUUGUCCCCUGAGCGCUUUGCACAAAAGAAAGAUCAGCAAAUGAGAACCAGGAAUUCAAACAAAGAGUGCUUGUCAUCUGAAGAUUCUUCUGAUCAGUCAAGACAAGUAAAGCAAAUUACAGCAGUCAGUCAUCUUAAAAACAGAGGCCAUCAUGGUGUGUUUGUUGAGAGAAGUAUUAGACAGGAUUCAGAAGAGGAUGAGGAGGCUGAAGAAGAGGAAAGUAGUAAAAAGGAUGCACCUUGUAGUUUGCGCAGUGCUGCCCACAGUCAUUCCGAGAGACAAGAGAGUCGAGCUGGCAGACAUGGUGAGCGUUUAGAAGCUCCCAUUCAGGCGCUUCCUAAUCUGAUGGAGGAUUCUCUUCUGCAACUGUCUCCCCGCAUUUCCAUACCCCGAAAGCAAAAGACCAGAGCUAAGUCCACACAGCAGACCCAAGAACCUGAUGAAACCCAGGAAGAAUUGACCAAUAUGGAGGGCAUUUGUUUAAAAGAUUGGGUCCUUAAACUGCACAGCAAGGAGCUCAUUGUUGAUGGUGUUCGUUUGGAUAACAAGGUUCCUUGGCACAGCAGCUGCAUCACUGAGCGGGUUUCAAGAAAAGCAGUUCAGACUGCAUCCGGUCAGAUUUACAUUCUGGUUGGAAAGAUGUCGCACUACCACAAUUCACCGUUUCCAUCAUGGUUUCAAAAGAAGUUUCUUUUUGGCUUUCCGGAAGUGUGGCGGGAGCACUUGAAAACUUUUUUGGCUGAUGGGAAACGGUCUGGUAUCGAUCAGAAGAGGAACAGCUCUGUACCCAGUCAACCACAAAAAUGGCUUAAUAAAAAACAAAAUGUCAAACAUUCCAAGCCUAAAGACCCUGUAACUCCUGCUUCUGUUAGGUCCACAGGCAGUGUGCAGCCUCACAGUGCUCCAGUUUCCCGAAGUGGCCGACUUAUCAAACCUCCUCUGCAGUACUGGAAAGGAGGCAGGAUUACUCUGGACUCUGAUAUGAAUGUUACUGUCCAUGAAGAUUAUGCAUCAAACUCCACUUUAAUUACGCCUAAAACCGCUUUAGUAAUUUCAAAAUCACCAAAAAAGAAAAAAGACCAGCCUGCUGCAUCCAGAAAAUCUCUAGAAAUGCAAAACAGCAGUGAUGAUGAUAUGUUGGCACCAAAAAGACGUGUCAAACAGCGUAGUAGGUCCUCUAGGCUUGAGAAAACCAGUGCAUUAAUAAAAGCCUCAAAGAAACAUUCUCAGCCUUCUGGUCCCAGUUCUGACUCGGACCCCGAAAAAGCAGCAAAACAUCUGUCCACUCAGCAGGCUCAGUCUGAGAGGACGUACUUGAGGAGAGGACGCUCCUACUCCAGAGACAGAAACUCCAGUGGCUCAAACUCUGAACUAUCCAGAAUUGGAGCUUGUCCACUGGCCUCUGCGAUUGAUCAACAUGAUCAGACUUCAGUUAAAGAUGGUGUUUCUGCAGUCCAAGCUGCUGAGAAAAGACAGACAACACGGCUAAAACGAAAGCACCUUCUGAAAGUAAUUCAGAGUGACCAGCUCUCCACUCCCUGCUCAGACUCUGAUACGAAUUCUCCUCGUACUAGAUCCCGAGUUCAGAAAAGUGUUGACUCAGAUCACCUCUUUACACCGCCUGAUCCUCCAAAAAGAGGCAGGAGAAAAGCCACAGUGCAGCAGCAAACUAAAAAAGCUUCUCCAAAACCUUCUACACCAGAGACUUCACCCAGGGAUUCUGACUUCCAUCUGGAACAAAAUCGAGGAAGAACUAAAAGAAGUCCUCACAGACAAAGAAAGAUUCCACAGAAAUAUAACGACUACCAAUUUGUCUGUGUUGGUGAUGAAAGCACCGCACAGCUGACCAGAGCAAAGGUUUCAAAAAGCAAGGUUUUAAAGUCCAGACAAAAGAAAAGUUCAGGAGCUUCUGAAAGUCCAUUGAAUGAACUGGCCUCCCCAGAUGACAAGCACCCUGAACAAACUAAAACAUCAGAUGAUCAAUCUCCUGUGCAAGAAAAUUCUGUCCAGAAACCAAAGCAAUCAGUGAGACGCAAAACCAACAACAAAAACAACACUGCCCAAGCUGUUAAGCACUCUGAAAUUGAACAAGAUGAUUUUUCAGAGAUCACAUGGACAGAGGAGGAGCUGCAAAAACUUAAUGAGGCUGUGACCUCAUUACCCAAGCACAAAAGCGGUUACUGGGUAAAUGUUGCUUUGGUAGUUGGUACACGCUCGGCUGAAGAGUGCCAGCAACGCUACACUGCACUUUACCAAACUCGUGGAAGACCUAGAGGAAAGAAAAAGGAGAAGGCUCCUAAGAUAGAUGAGCCAGGAAAGGAAACUGCUACAAUUACUGCCAAGGUUGGAACACUCAAGAGAAAGAAACAGAUGUGGGAGUUUUUAGAUCACAUGCCCAAAGAUGACCAUGAUGAUGUAUUCACUGGUACACCAAUGCGCAAUAAACAAAUCAAGUUACCUGUAUGGUCUACAAAUGGAGACGAGCCAGAUUUUGGCGAUCUUCAAAAUCCACAGACCCCGAGCUCCAGCGUCUUCUCAUCAGUCAAGACUCCAAAAUGUUUGCACAUUACCCCAGGAAUGCUGCGCUCUGUCAACAGGGACAACAAUGAUAAAUAUAUUUACCAGCUGCAAAAGGUGAAAAGAAAGGGCAAUCAGGGCAGAAAAUGCAGCCCAAAGCAGGACAAGUUUACACCCAUUCCAUCAGUAAAGAAAACUAAGAAGAGAUGUGUUGCUGAAGAUGAUAACUUUGUGGUGUGGAACAUGCUUUCUGACAAGGAUGUACCCUUGACAAAAGAUGAUGAGGAGGAAGAAGAUGAUUACUUUAUGGAUGAAUACUAAAAAAAAAUUCUGUAAAUAUUUUUUGCAUUCUUUGGGGCUGCCAAAGACUCGACUUCACCGGUUCAAGGAAUUUUGUAUGUUCCUUUUUAUACUUUUAGGUUUUUAGUUGGGUUGCCACACACUGUCCUGUUCAUUUCGUAUUGAUCAAAUUGCACAUCUGUUAACUGCCAAUCUAAAUGUGUUUGUAAAGAAUUGUUAGUAAAACAGUUUGAGUGUGUAUCAGUUUUCGAGAAAUGUGUAAAGAGUAAAAUUGUCAGAUCUGGUAAUCAUUCAUGGUUUGUAAAUUUAAACACAUUUUAAGGCAUAUUUACGUAUAACAAAAACCAGUUUGUUUGGUUUCGUUAACACAAAGUUAAUAAAAUAUAAAGGAUUUAAACAAAGCUUGUCAACGAAUAAUCAGUAUGACAAAAUUAAAGUGCAUAUUAUUGCUAAAUAUUUGAAAUUUAAAAACCGUUUUCUUUCCCGAAUGUGGUGCACACAAUUAAGGGUGGCUUAACCUAGCAAUAUUUCUGAUCAAUAGGUCCACUACCUGAUAUGCUGUGUUAACACUUUUAAAAAGAUGCUGUAUCUGGAACCUAAUACACACUGGCAUUCUAGCCUUCUCUGAGAACUUAGAAUUCAUAUGAUGUUAGGCUGCUGCUAGAUUUUUGUGUUGUGACAGAAAAGCAAAAACAUUUUCAUGCAUACAUUGCAAGAACCAGUUUAGUGUAAAUAGUGUUAUCAUCCUUUUAGUUUACUGUCUGAACUUUAAAACAUGUACCAGUGGCUACAGACCAUCCAGAUCACACCAUUGUCCAUUUCAUACACAUUAUUUCAUGCAUCUCGAGCAACACAAGCAGUCUUUUAUUCAGCUUGAUUAAGUUUUGGAAAAAUAAAGGUCUUUGUUAAAUGUUGUAAUGCAUCUGUUAUGGGUGUGGCUUUUGAAGGAAGACUACUACCACUAUAAGCGUCUAAUGUUCUCUCAUUAUGAAUCAGGAUGUUGAUUAAAACUCUUUACUUCUUUGGAGAA